AUGGCAGACGCCCCGGACAUCGCACAACUGGCGCAAGAGCUUGCAAACAGCGUUGGUGGAGUUGACUAUGAUGCAAAAGAGGUCCAUCAAAAACGUGUCGCACUGCACCAGGCAAUGCCGCAGGCGAGCGUCGAUGAACUUGCAGCUGCGCUCAAUGUACUAGUUGAACGUGUUUCAACUUGGAAACUCGAGGAUGCAGACGGCGUCGCAUAUGCUGCGCUGACUGCCGGCGCUCUCAUUGAGAAUGGAGCUCCAUCUCGGCCGCUGGCAGAAGUGUUGCUUGCCAAGAUACCUGUUGUGCUACGAGCAGCCAGAGCGUAUGCAGACUUGUGCAUCAAGGACCUAGCAUCCCAGGAAGAAGAGGAAGAGAACCCGCCCGAUGAAGAGGACAUCAUGAUGGAAGUGGACAGCCGCAGCGUCACACAUAGUGUCUUCCAAGCACACCUCAAGCACGAUCGCGGGUCUGCCUCAGCACUUGCUAUGCUUCAGAUGUGGACUUUGCCCACAGUCGCCGCCCUUUCUCGCGAUCGUGAGCUAUUUGUCAAGGCUACACAAGAUGAGGGCCUGCGGCAGUUAACCCGAUCGCUGGUGGACUCCCCAGCUCACUGGCUCGAUGUCCUUCUAGGCGCACAGCUCGAUGCUCCAUGGCUGGCUCUUUGCCCGAUGGAAAAGCGAGGGUUUGAGAUAAAGAUGGAUGGUGUAGUGUCCAACUUUGACUUGCACGCCCUCGCCGCUGACGCACUUCUUGACCAAGGGAUCCCUGGCGAGCGCAACCCCAAGGAUGUAAUCGACUUUAUCCGGGGUAAUGUCCCAAGCCGCUCUACCGAUACUGUAUCUGGGACAUUUCAAUUCUACAAUUGGACUGCAGCUGGGUACGACUGGUCUACCAGCUCACACCCUGCUGGUGCUUGGGUCUGGGGUGAGGGCCGACCCGAAGAUGUCCCAUUCUUCCAGGGCGUCAGGGCUUUGAUCGUUGGUCCACAGACUAUACAGCGGAGUUGGGGUGCGCCUCGUACGUUCGGGGGUUUGCGUUGUGAUGUUACGGUCGUGAGGGAGCUUACUGCGGAUGAGUACGAGGCGAAGAUGGAGGCGAUGCGAAAGGCACUUCAGCCGGAGGAGUGA